GCAGGCGCAGCGGAGGACUUACCUGUAGCAGGUGCUCAUUCCUGGGAGCAGCGCGGUGGGCAGCCGGCUCUGCGAGGGGAAGAUGCUGCGAGAGCGGACAGUGCGGCUGCAGUACGGGAGCCGCGUGGAGGCGGUGUACGUGCUGGGCACUCAACUCUGGACCGAUGUCUACAGUGCAGCCCCUGCUGGGGCCAAAACCUUCAGCCUGAAGCACUCGGAGGGCGUGAAGGUGGAGGUCGUACGUGAUGGAGAGGCAGAGGAGGUGAUCACCAACGGCAAGCAGCGCUGGGCCCUGUCACCCAGCACCACACUGCGGCUCAGCAUGGCCCAGGCCAGCACAGAGGCCAGCAGCGACAAGGUUACUGUCAACUACUAUGAAGAGGAGGGCAGCGCCCCCAUUGACCAGGCGGGACUGUUCCUCACGGCCAUUGAGAUCUCCCUGGAUGUGGACGCAGACCGGGAUGGAGAGGUGGAGAAGAACAAUCCUAAGAAGGCAUCCUGGACCUGGGGUCCUGAGGGCCAGGGGGCCAUCCUCCUGGUGAAUUGUGACCGAGACACACCGUGGUUGCCCAAGGAGGAUUGUAGCGACGAAAAGGUCUACAGCAAGCAAGACCUCCAGGACAUGUCUCAGAUGAUCCUGAGGACCAAAGGCCCGGACCGAUUGCCCGCCGGAUAUGAAAUAGUCCUCUACAUUGCCAUGUCGGACUCAGACAAAGUGGGCGUGUUCUACGUGGAGAAUCCGUUCUUUGGACAACGCUACAUCCAUAUCCUGGGUCGGCAGAAGCUCUACCAUGUGGUGAAGUACACUGGUGGCUCUGCCGAGUUGCUGUUCUUCGUGGAAGGCCUCCGUUUCCCCGAUGAGAGUUUCUCAGGCCUGGUUUCCAUCCACGUCAGUCUGCUGGAGUACAUGGCGGAGGGCAUCCCGUUGACACCCAUCUUCACAGACACUGUGACGUUUCGGAUUGCACCAUGGAUUAUGACCCCCAACAUCCUGCCUCCUGUGUCAGUGUUUGUGUGCUGCAUGAAGGACAAUUACCUGUUCCUCAAAGAGGUGAAGAACCUGGUGGAGAAAACCAAGUGUGAACUGAAAGUCUGUUUCCAGUACAUGAAUCGUGGUGACCGCUGGAUUCAGGAUGAAAUCGAGUUUGGCUACAUUGAGGCACCCCACAAAGGCUUCCCAGUAGUGUUGGACUCCCCUCGCGAUGGAGAACUGAAGGACUUCCCCAUUAAGCAACUCCUGGGCCCAGAUUUCGGCUAUGUGACCCGGGAGCCCCUCUAUGAGACUGUCACCAGCCUCGACUCCUUCGGCAAUCUGGAGGUCAGUCCUCCUGUGACCGUGAAUGGCAAGACAUACCCACUUGGCCGGAUCCUCAUCGGGAGCAGUUUCCCUCUGUCUGGAGGCAGGAGGAUGACCAAGGUGGUGCGUGACUUCCUGCAGGCCCAGCAGGUGCAGGCGCCCGUGGAACUCUACUCCGACUGGCUGACUGUAGGCCACGUCGAUGAGUUUAUGACCUUUGUUCCCAUCCCAGGCAAAAAGGAAUUUCGGCUGCUCAUGGCCAGUACCUCUGCCUGCUACCAGCUCUUCAGAGAAAAGCAGAAGGAAGGCCACGGGGAGGCCAUUAUGUUCAAGGGCCUGGGGGGCAUGAGCAGCAAACGCAUCACCAUCAACAAGAUCCUGUCCAAUGAGAGCCUCACGCAGGAAAACCAGUACUUUCAGCGCUGUCUGGACUGGAACCGUGACAUCCUUAAGAAGGAGUUAGCGCUGACUGAGAAGGACAUCAUUGACCUGCCUGCUCUCUUCAAGAUGGAUGAAGACCGCCAGGCCAGGGCUUUCUUCCCUAACAUGGUGAACAUGAUCGUGCUAGACAAAGACCUGGGUAUCCCCAAGCCCUUCGGGCCCCAGGUGGAGGAGGAGUGCUGCCUGGAGACACAUGUUCGAGGCCUGCUGGAGCCCCUGGGUCUUGCCUGCACUUUCAUCGAUGACAUCUCCGCCUACCACAAGUUCCUGGGAGAGGUUCAUUGUGGCACCAAUGUCCGCAGGAAGCCCUUCGCCUUCAAGUGGUGGCACAUGGUGCCCUGACUGCCAGGGGCCCUGACCUUUCCUCCUCCCCUGCGGUCUCUUGGUCCUUCCGUGCCCUCCCAAGACCUUCCCCUACAAGAAGAGGGUGGGCUUGGGGGAUAUAUGUGCCUUGCUGUCCCCUGGAGAAGGACCUCAGUGUCCACUGAAGCCACCCCAAGUAAGCCCCACCAUCCCCCCCACCUGAAACUAGCGGGACGUGUGGUUAGUGUGCAGAGCUCUGGCAGGGAAAAUCAGACUUCAACAUAUCAUGUAGGCAGACUGCCCCCCCAGAAUUCUCAGCCUCUACGCCAAAUCAGAAUGAAGGGAGAGAGAAGGGAGGCUCUGAGGUCACCCAUCUGACAUUCAAGGUAGACCACAAGGACCAGGGCCAGAGUCCUGGUGAACCUUGGAUGGUAUCAUCACUUCAAACUCUCCUCCCCCAGGGCCUCCUGGUGGCUUCCUGCACCCAUUCAUUCCUUACAGCUUCCAGUACACACUGAGUCCCCACUCCCUGAGGGUCCAAUCAGUCAGCUUAGAAUCUUCCGGAAAUAGGUCUUAGUAGAGUCAAGUUCUUCACUCUCUGUGGAUGCAUCCUGCCCAAAUUUGGAGGGAGGGACAGGUCUCAAACUAGCAUCCACGGUCCAAAAUUCAGUAUAUGAAGGUGCUCCUGCCCGUCAACGCUAUUUCUGUUCUCUCACCUGGUCCUCACUUCUCUGGCCAGUCCACAGGCCCCUUUCUCCAUUGUUCUAUUUUGGACACUGCCCCUAUUCUGGACAUUGCCCCUCCAGCAGCUACACAGUUUCUUUGCCACCAGGCAGAUUCAGGCCUCCUGAGAGUAAGAAACAGCCUAUCUCUCCCCUUGAUGCUGGCCCCAAUGUUCAAGGAUGCUGGCCGGGCUCCAGCCUCAGUGAUCACUUCCCAGCUAGCUACUACUCCAGAGCUGCAAUUUCCCAGCACCUGACAAAGGCCUUCCAUCCAGAUACAGGCAAAUUUAUCCCCUCUGCUUCAAUAGAAAGGCCCCCUAGAUCUGUAGAGAUGGCUCAGCAAUUAAAAAUGCUUCCUGCUCUUAAACAGGAUCCAAGUUCAGUUACCAACACUCACAUCUGUCUGGGUCCAAAACCCUUUUCUGGGCCCUGAGGGCACUGCACAUGUGUCCACAAACCUAUACACAUAAAUACAUUUUUUAGGGUCUGUGAGGGAUGGCCCAGUGGUUAAGAGCACUUGCUGUUCUUGCAGAGUUCCGGGGUUCAGUUCUCAGCACCCAAGUGGUGGCUCACAACUACCUAUAACUCUAGUUUCAGGGGGUCCAACGCUCUCUUCUGACCUCCACGGGCUUCUGCACACAGAUGGUUCACGUACACACACUCGAGCACACAUACAAGUAAAGUAAAAUAAAUGAUAUUUAAAAAAUUUUUAAAAAAUUAAAAUAAAGAAGGUCCUUUAAGGCCAAGAAGAUAGGAAAUAUUAAUUCUACUUUGAAGGGUUAAACGGUCCCGUUUUAUAACCAAAGAAAGGGUUACAGACCUACAUUCUUAGGGGAACAAGACUGUUACCUUGGAUUAUUCCCUCAGCUAUGCAGUCAGUGGGUCGUAUGCCACUGAGCAGAGGGCAGAGACCUGGACUCUGACAACAUAAGCUAGCCAGAGACUCGCUUGUCCCCAACAGACAAAACCGACAUCUACAUGUCUGUCCUUUGUCCUGGCUGUGGUAGGCUCUUUGGAAACACUACCCAGUAUAUUCAAUAAGUAUUCAAGACAACAGUCACUCCCUUCAAGAACUAGGGGUGUGUCCUCUUUUUCAUCCAGCUGGGCCUACAGCACCAUGACAGGUCAGGUCCCGGAGCCUCCAAAGCUGUCAUGUCAUCCUCUGUCUCUGGGGAUAGUAGUUUCUGCCCUUGAGGGCAAAGCUCCAAAUCCAGUCUCCGGCUCCAGAGUAGAGAACACAGGGACCUCUCUGAGGGAGCUGAUCUGGAGAUGUGGGGUUUUCACAUGUGUGGUGUUCGUUUAAAGUGACCUUACUGCUUUUAUUUUUAUCUCGUUAGGAAGUAAGUGAACACCUCCCACAUGGAGGCCGCUUGGCUUUGCAGGUUGUGCUACAAUUCUCCCUGUUGGUUGUUUCAGAAAUUUCUGGAACUCCAGGACUCAGACACUGCCUGUCCCAUCUCAGUUACUCACCCAGUGUGACUCCCUAAGUGUGGGUGCCCCACCCCGUGGGCUCCUUGCUCUUCCCUACCCCCACUGUGUGUGUGUGUGUGUGUGUGUGUGUGUGUGUGUGUGUGUGUUUAACUUAGGCCCAGAUGCUUCUGGGCUACACCAGUUCCUGUUUCAAUGUUAAUUUUGAAAUGCUCUGUGAAGGGCGGUGGGGACCGCAGGAAGAUGGCGGGAACCAGGAACCAGGCAGUAUCAACUUCCUGGAGAAGGAGCCAAGAUGGAGACUGAGAAGUGUUUGGGGAUUAGCCAAAAUAAAGAGCAAUAAAAUAAGCCGUCCACGGGAA